AGGGGUAUGUGGUUUUAGCAUCGAGACUGGAUCAGAAAGUGAAACAUUUCCAGCUAGUGGCGUUCCCACUUAUUUACAGCAACACACAUAGGGAGUGCUGUGUGUGUGUGCCCCCUUAACUACCGGGAAUCAUGACGAUGAAGCAACUGCGAAGUGAUGGAAUGAACCGUUAUUCCUUAUCAUAAAGUUUCGCGUCAAUCUUUGGAUCGUUUGAAUACUCUCUCAAGAGUGAGAACAAGCGGGGAAGCAAUAUUUUCUUGUUCGUAAAUUCUAGAGAAAAGAGACAGUGUGACUUUGUUUGGGGGGAAAAAAAACAACCAGCUACUUCGCCCUUUAGAUGAAGGAGUGAGAGGACGAAGGAGUCGCUUGUUGCCCUUUGGUAUUAAAGAGAAAGGGGUGGAGAAGCGAAGGAGGACGGUCCCGGAGAGACAAGCCAGGGAGGUGGGCGAGCAGAGGCGCCGAGCUCGGGGGAGGGGGCAGCGAGAAUCUGAGGCGGCCUGUGACAUGGCGGCGGCGGCUGGAACAGGAGGGGUCAGCACCCUGCCCACUCUCUCCGAUGCUGGCAGCAGCCCCUUCCCGCCUGGAUCGUUCAAGGAGCCCAAAAGACUGUACUGUAAAAAUGGGGGCUACUUCCUGAGGAUCUUGCCGGACGGCAGAGUGGACGGAACCCGUGAGAAGAACGAUGGCAACAUUAAACUACAACUACAGGCAGAAGCUAUUGGAGUAAUAUCAAUCAAGGGAAUCUGUGCUAACCGUUUUCUUGCUAUGAAUGAAGAUGGCAAGUUGUAUGGCUCAAAAUUGCCAACAGAUGAAUGUUUCUUUCAUGAAAGAUUGGAGCCAAAUAACUACAAUACAUAUCGUUCAAAGAAAUAUGAAAGUUGGUAUGUUGCUCUCAAAAGAACUGGACAGUACAAACCCGGACCAAAAACUGGACCAGGACAGAAAGCAAUUCUAUUUCUGCCGAUGUCUGCGAAGUGCUCAUAGUCUCUUCCAGCUGUUCCCAAGUUAUUUAAAAAGUGGCAAUUUCACAAACACAAAACUGACAUGACUGUUUUAUUGCUGUGAAAGGCACCAGUGUACACAGUAUCUUGUCGCCAUGCUCGAGUUGUUUUGGCGAUUUUUGCAAACUGCAGUAAAUCAGCUGUGCAAUAUCACGCUAUACAAAAUGUGAUUUUUAGUAGAAUGUUAUCACAGUUUCUUUUUGAAAUUAUACAGUGUUAAACAUCAGAAUGUCCUGUAUAUAAUCCCAUAUACUGGUUUAUGUGGUAAAUUAUCAAGUUAAUUUUGGUUCAUAACUGUAUAACAAUUAUUUUGAUUUAGACUUUAGGUUGAUGCUGUGAUACAGUAUUUACUUAUCAAGAUAUUCAAAGGGUUACAUACACUACAGACCCAACAACUGUCACAUUUGAUUCCCUUACACUAGUUGAACUGGCAACAAGUACACAACUAGAACCAAACAUUUAGGUGUUUCAUGUUGCCCACUGCCAGAUUAAAAUAUUCAUUUUUAAAAUAUAAAUUCAAUAAUUCAUUGGUUCUUUGUUUCGUAUGCAGAGUCAUAAGUAUUUAACUUGCAGUAUGUAUUGAUAGCUAUCCAAAAGGUAUUGUGGAAAUGUUAUGUUCAUUUUUUGGAAUAUUGAUUUACUUUUUUGAGUUAUUAGUGUUUUCUUUUCAUUUUGUGUUCUACUUUUGAGGACUGCAAAACAGGCGAUGGAUUUUUGUAAUUAUAGGUUGGAAUGAGUGGGAGUGACCAAAGAAAAGCAAUGAUCAAUGUGGAGAUAGCAAGAACAGCAGAUGCUGGAGUCAGACAAGUGUGGAGCUGGAGGGACACAGCAAGCAAGGCAGCAUCAGAGGAGCAGGAAAGUUGACAUUUCGGGUUGGGACCCUUUGGCAAUGGGGACAGAAGGGAACUGGGAAAUAAAUAGAGAGGACGUGUGGGGCUGGGAAAGGUAGACAGGAUGGGGAUAAGGGAGUACACGUAGGGAGCGGUGGGGAUUGGUCAGUGGGAUGGGCAGAUAUUUGGGAGAGAAAAUGGACAGGUUGUGUCAGGUCAAGGAGGCAGGGAUGAGAGGGAGGCUUGGACAUGGGAAUACACAACCUGUCCACUUUCUCUCCCACCUGUCUGCCUCUCCAAUCCCACUGACCAAAUCCCACCACUCCCUACCUGCAUUUAUCUAUCACCAUCCCUAGCCCAACCCCCCUCUCUAUUUAUUUCCCAGCUCCCUUCGCCCUCCCCAUUUAUGAAGAAGGGUUCUGACCCGAAAUGUCAACUUUCCUUCUCCUGUGAUGCUGCCUGUUCUGCUGUGUUCCUCCAGCUCCAUUCUGAAUGAUCAAUAUAUGUUACUUAAAUGAAUAUAUGUAAAUUAGGUUGGACUGGACCUUGUCCUUUUAUGGCUAAGGUCUUGAUUAACAAGAAUAGCUCUAGCCAUUAAUAUGAACUAAAAUAGUAUGGAUCAAUAAUGUAUUGAGUAAAACUAACAAACCCUAUAGGAUUAUGUGCUUGCUUUUAGCGACAUUGAGCAUAUGACAUCGUAACUGUGCUUUAAUAAACAUAGUUACAGUGAAAGAAUACUUUAUGUAACUGAUGCUCUGGAUUGUGACACUGACAUUCAAAUUUCAACCAAAACAAUACAGCAUUGAUUUGGAAAUUAAACACAACCAGACCAUCACAAAUAGAGUCUCUACUGGAUGCAUCUCCAUGGACACACCUUUUUUUAAAAAAAAAAUACAUCUGUUUCCCUUCAAAGCUCCCUUCCCUUCCAUCCUACAUAUUAUAAGGAGACUGAAGUGAAUCUGCUGAGUUAAUUCACUUUUUUUGCCUUUUCCCUCUCUGUCCCCCCUCCCCUUGGUGUGGUAUUUUGCAUAAUCUUUCCCAACAUUGAUUUCAUGUGGAAAACAUUAUACUGUAGCCUGAAGAAUGUUAUUGAAGGUGGUAUAAAACAAAUUGGUACAUUUAUUAUAAAUUAGCUUCCAUUUACCAAGAGUAUUGUUUUCAAAGCUGUAAAAGUCCAAAGUAUUUUGAUGUCUGAAGCUAUUAUCUUAAGCCUUUGCUACAAACUCUGUUUGCUAGUCACUGUUUGCAUACCCAUUAUUGGCCACUUGGUGAAAUUGAGCCAGACUAUUUGCAUCAUUAUUAUUUGACGAGUUUUCCUAUCUGCCUCUGAGCUGGGCUACCAAACACAAAACGACCAUCACCGUGACUGCCUGCAAACUCUGAAAUACUAUCUAUCAUCCUUCCUUCAUCAGCUGCUGAAUCCCUCAUCUAUGUUUUAACCUCCAAAUGCAAUUAUGCAGCUAUUCCAAUGCUUUCCUGACAACCUCCCACCUCUACCCUUAUACCUUUUUUAACAUCAAUCUAAUUCAAAACUGCUGUCAGAAUGCUAAUUUACACCAAGUCGUGCUUAGCCGUAACCCCUCAAGAUGCUGACCAACGUUGCUUCUUGGUCUAGCAAUGCUGCAAUCUAACUUUUUUUAACCUUUUUUAAUCCAAAUAUUGCCAAUUCCCAAUCUUGUAGUAGCUUCAAGCUCUCAACCAUUUGAGAACUCUGCACUUCUCUGACUCUGGUCUUGUACACAUUCCUGGUGACCUCCCACAUGUAAUAUCUUGCCGUUAGCUGCCUAGCUCUCUGCUCUGGAAUUCCUUCCCUAAACCUGUCCGCUUCUUUUUUUCCUUAAUAUAUUUGAUGUGAUGCAUAUAUAGGGUCAUAUUUGUACAAUUAAGUUCUUUAAAUGCUUUUAGGAUAUUUACUCUGAUUUUUAAAACAAAAAUAUAAAAGUAAACCUUGUUGAUAUACCCAAAUAUAUUCUAAAAGGACACUUGCUGUUUAGUACUCUUUCCCUACUGUUUUUUGUAAAGUUACAAAGAAAUGAAAAUAUGCUGCAAGUUCUUCUGUAAACACAAUUUUAAGGAGGAAGAAAUGGAUGAACCAAUGAUGAUAAUUAUGAGGCAUUUUGUAUGUGUCUUUAAUUCAGUAUUUAAACAUAUGAACUAUGAACCUGAGGGAAUCUGUCAUUUUCAAAAUUUAAGUGAUGUAUCAGGAAGCUUGGUUUUUACAUUUGAAUAAAAAUGUUGCGAAGAUAUACUUCUCAACACUGAACAAAAUUGGAUUUUACCCAUUAUAUAGCUCAUCAGUUAUUUAAUUUGUUUAUUUGAUUGAACAAACUAGAACAAAUUGAAUUUCUAAUCUUUACAGCAAUUAUUUUCCUUCAAUCUAUUUGAUUCCAUUCAGUUGCACCUUCUCGUAUUUCUCUGGUAAUUCUUUAUGAUAAAGCUUGUAAAAAAGCCCUGUAUAAACUGCUGGAAAUUCUCUCAUAUUUACAUCAAUCUUGUCAAAGCCUUCCCUGAAUCCAUAAAACAACAGCUUGGCUAUCCUGCUGGUUAUAAGAGUCGUGUGUUCACUUCUGGCCAAUUCCUCCAGAUCCAUCCAUUCGCACCGCAGGCAUUCUUCUUGGCAAAAACUGAUGUCAAAUGAGACUGCUUUCAGACGACAAACAAUGUACAUGUCUGAUUUCCCAAAGGCUCCUGGAUGGUUAUGCUGUUGCCUGAUGCUGAGAAGCGAUAUAAAUUUGGACCUUAUUCCAGUCUCUUCAAAUACUUCUCGCACAGCUGUUUCACCUAGAAUUAACAGCCAGAUUUAAUUUUCAACAUUCUUGGAAAGUGUCCGAAGUGAUAAUGUGAAUACCAACAUUGAGAUUUCAUAUAGAUUAAUUGCAAAAUUACAGCAUUUCCACACCUACAACAUCAGCAUAAAUAAGCUGCAAGCUAUUUCAUGGCAACUCGUGCAUUUUUCAAUGCUGGGCUUGUUGGCCUGCUAUUUGGAGAGUCAUACUGAAUACCUGUCAAAGCCCAAUGAAGUGCAUGUAGCUACAUUGCCAGGAUGUAUAUCAGUCACAGCUUUGAGGCAUGUCAACUUCCUUCAUGGGUUGUACUACCUUACCCUAAGAAAUUAUUAAUUCAGUUUUAGUUAAAAAUCACACCCAUCACUGGAUAUCAUUAAAAAGAAUGUAACUGACUCUAUCAUGGUACUGUAAAUAAGUACUAUCAGAACUUCAUAAAACUGUACAGGUAUUUUUGUGCAAGAAAAUCAUUUAUAUCCCAUUUCUCGAAUGGAUAUUGUUUUGGACUACAAGAACAGAUUAUUUUUGCAGUAUUCUGCAAUAAUUGUUCCUGACCACCAUAUAUGGUUACUGUCUUCAUUUAACCCAUGCAUUGUAUUUUCCUUUUAAAUUGUUCCAGAUAGCAAUGCUUUAAUUUUUGUAUACAUUACCUGUUUUUAUUCAAUAUAUCUAGAUUUUCAAGUUUUUGUUUGUUUGCAUAUGUGGGACGUUAUCCAUUUUAUAGCCGCUUGGUGAUCCAUACUGUUCCAUCUGCAGAGAAUAGCAGGGAACCAAGUUUUUGUUUUUUUUAAAUUAAAUUCAUUUAGCAAAUGCAUAGUGGGGUGGCAGAUUACACAAAGUAAAGCACUUCUAUCAAAGCUGGUGAUAGCAGAGAUAUAUGGUCAAUGGGCAUUCUGUCAUUUUAUUCUUCAGUGUCUGUUUCUGAUUGUGUAUUUCUUAACAAUUUAGUAUGAUACUACAAUUUAAACUAAAGAAAAUUAUUUUUACCAAUACAUUUUUUGAGGAAUGGAAUGUUACUUUGAACAAAACUGAAAAGAGUAAGCAGAUGUUUAACCUGUGUUAAUGGCAAUAAAGAGGAAGACCAGAUUCAUCUUAGUAGAUAAUUGAUUCCAUUAAGUGCAUGUAAUAAAGACAUCAAAAAAUUGUAACCCAAGGUUGUCAAUCGAAUCCAUUUGUUUGAAGACUUGCAAAUGCAUGUAAAUAUUAUUCUAAAAUGAGGUGUUUUUAUCAACUACAUUUUAGUUUAUUUGAUCAUCCCUUCAUGUUUCUUUUUCAAAGCCUGUUCGUUUUUCAUUUGCAGUAGACCAGCAAUGAUCUCUUCUGUUUCAUGGUAUAUUUUGAAGUGCUCUGAGUAUGUUUCCUGGCCCUUUUCUUGACAGUUACUUCACAAGAGACUGAUUUGGUUAGACUAACUCUCUCUAAGAAAUAAAGUAAUUGUUGCAAGGAAUUUUAUACAAAGGACCUGAACUUUAUUGUCUCAGCACAAUAAAGUCCCGGCUGAACUGAAAAGAAUUCAGUUGAUACCCACUAGCGACAGCAUACUGGCCUCUGAACAGUUGUAAAUCCCUUGCCAAUGUGAAUAUUUAUUUUAACAUACAGAUGUAAAUCUGUAAAACAGGUUUAGCUUUAUGAUAUUAUAGCAUAGACACUGAGCUUUUAUGCACAAAAUUGUUUAAAAACUUUUGGGCAUAAAAGAAACCAGCACAACUGCAAGAAUUAGACUGUGUGAGAACAAAUUUCAGAAUUAUCCAAUGCAUUCUUCAUGCAACAAGAGACUGAUAAGAGGAUGUCUUUUAGUUGGAAUUAAAAAUGAACUUUUGUUGUACAAUUUCAGUUCUGACCUACCUGAACAGUGUGUUCAUUUAAAUCAAAGUUUUAAACUUUUAUAAUCUUAUUCUCGAAGCACAAGUAUUUUCAGGAUGUGAGUUUGCUUGCUGAGCUGGAAGGUUCGUUUUCAGAUGUUUUGUCACCAUUCUAGGUAACAUCAGUGAGACUCCGCUGAAGUGCUGGUGUUAUGUCUCGCUUUCUAUUUAUCUGUUUAGGUUUCCUUGGGUUGGUGAUGUCAUUUCCUGUUCUUUUUCUGAGGAUGGUGGAUAGGCUCCAAAUCUGUGUGUUUGUUGGAGUUCCGGUUGGAAUGCCAUGCUUCUAGGAAUUCUCGUGCGUGUCUCUGUUUGGCUUGUCCUAGGAUGGAUGUGUUGUCCCAAUCAAAGUGGUGUCCUUCCUCAUCUGUAUGUAAGGAUACUAGUGAUAGUGGGUCAUGUCUUUUUGUGGCUAGUUGAUGUUAGUGCAUCCUGGUAGCUAGCUUUCUGCCCGUUUGUCCAAUGUAGUGUUUGUCACAGUUCUUGCAAGGUAUUUUGUAGAUGACGUUCGUUUUGUUUGUUGUCUGUAUAGGGUCUUAAGUUCAUUAGCUGGUGGGUUUGUGGACUACCCUGAUGCCAAGAGGUCCGAGUAGUUUGGCAGUCAUUUCGGAAAUGUCUUUGUAGGGGAGAUUGGUUAUGGUUUCUGGGCACAUUUUGUCUGUUUGUUUGGGUUUGCUGAGAAAUCGUCAGAUUGUGUUCAUUGGGUACCCGUUCUUUUUGAAUAUGCUGUAUGGGUGAUUUUCUUCUGCUCUUAGUUCCUCUGUGCUGCAGUGUGUGGUGGCUUGUUGAAAUAAUGUUCUAAUGCAGCUUCAUUUGUGGGUGUUGGGAUGGUUGCUCCUGUAGUUCAGAAUUUGGUCUGUAUGAACACAGUCUGCCGAUUUCUCAGCAACAAACAGACAAAACGGACCCAGAAACCAUAACCAC